AUGUUCAACCACGACCAGCUCCCGCUCGCGCAGAUCCUGACCACCCCCCUCCUCGCCCGCAUCUACGACUUCUGGUUCCAACACACCGAGUCGGACGAGAAUCUCACCCUCCCCACCCCCGCCGACCUCAAGCACUGGUUCUUCAAAAGCGACGACUUUGACCAUGCAUGCACAUCCCAAUACGGAUCCAUCCUCGCCGCCAUCCAAAACGCCAACCCGUCCGCAGAGCAGAUCCUCUCGCUCGCCAACCCCACCACCCCACGCGACUGGCUGGCCCUCCUCCUCCUGCUCGACCAGCUCCCGCGGAACUGCUACCGCGGGCCCGCCGCGCGCACCGUCUUCGAGUUCUUCGACCCGCUGGCGCUGGCGAUCGCGCGCAAAGCCGAGGACGCGGGCAUCCCGCGCACGCCCGAGAUCCGCUAUCGGCUCGGGCUGCGGCUGUGGUUCUACCUGCCGCUGAUUCACUCGGAGGAGCGGAGCGUGCAGGAGCUGGCGCGGCAGCGGUACGCCGAGAUGGCGGAGGAUGUGCGGCGAGUGUUGAACGGGGCGAGCGAGGGGGCGGGGGCGGAGGCGGAGCGAGAGGAUGUUCGGACUCUGGUGAGGAAUCGGGACAGGGCGCGGGAGCAGAUCGAGAUGAGUCUGCGCUCUCAGAGGGACCAUUAUGACCCUGUGGCGCGGUUUGGGCGGUUUCCGCAUCGGAAUGAGGCGAUGGGGAGGCAGUCGACGGAGGAGGAGAGGAGGUUUGUGGAGGAAGGGGGUACGUUUGGGCAGUAG